GUAAAGCCAUUGGAUGGUGUGAAAAUUCUUGAUUUAACCAGGGUGCUUGCAGGGCCCUUUGCCACAAUGAAUUUAGGAGAUCUAGGGGCUGAAGUUAUCAAAGUGGAAAGACCAGGAGCUGGUGAUGAUACGAGAGCCUGGGGCCCACCUUUUGCUGGAACAGAAAGCAUUUAUUUUCUUAGCGUCAAUAGAAAUAAAAAGAGUAUAGCUAUCAACAUGAAGGAUUCAAAAGGAGCAAAGCUAAUCAGAGAGCUUGCAGCGGUGUCUGAUGUUUUUGUGGAAAACUACAUCCCUGGGAAACUGGCUGAAAUGGGUCUAGGUUAUGAAGACAUUAAAAAGAUUGCUCCUCAUGUAGUGUACUGUUCAAUAACAGGUUAUGGUCAAGCUGGUCCAAUGGUUCAGAGAGGUGGAUAUGACUCCAUUGCAGCUGCUGUUUCUGGUCUCAUGCAUAUCACAGGGCAUGAGGAUGGUGAGCCUGUUAGACCAGGAGUAGCCAUGACAGAUCUUGCUACUGGGUUGUAUGCAUAUGGAGCAAUUAUGGCUGGUUUACUUCAGAGGUAUAAGACGGGGAAAGGACUGCACAUUGACUGCAGUCUCUUGUCAUCUCAGGUUGCUUGUCUCACUCAUGUAGCAGCUAAUUACCUUAAUUGCAAAAUAGAAGCAAAACGCUGGGGUACUGCUCAUGGGACUAUUGUUCCAUAUCAGGCUUUUAAGACCAAGGAUGGCUACAUCGUGGUGGGAGCUGGAAAUGAUCAGCAGUUUGUCAGUGUGUGCAAGAUCCUGAAUUUGCCUGAAGUUAGCAAGGAUUCCAGAUACAAAAAUAAUAAACUCAGAGUCCAGAACAGAAAAGAACUUAUUGACAUACUGUCAACCAGGUUUUCAGAAAAAGCAACGACCGAAUGGUUGCAGCUCUUUGAAGGUAGUGGGGUUCCAUAUGGCCCAAUCAACAAUAUGCAGCAAGUAUUCUCGGAUCCUCAGGCUUUUGGGUUUUUAUAUGACAAUUAUGCUGAAUAG